AUGUCUUGUGGGAGCACACUAGAGGCAUUCUGUGAACAUGACCAAAUGAUGAAAUUUUCGAAGUCUCUUCACGUGACGAACAUUAGGUUCGAAGAAAAAGCCGCAGUUAAGGCGGCCUUGUUGCCUGGGAAAAUUCUGCAGGUUCAUGGACCUCCGUUAGUUGGUAAAUCUGUUCUAGUGGAUCAGGUCAUCUCCGAGCUGCAGAAUGAUCCAGAAAGAGCGUAUGACGUGAAGCAUUACUCCAUAGACUGUAAAACUUUGAAACGCUGUCAACUCAAAUAUUUGUUCAAGCUGACCUUGGAAAGUAUGGACGAGACUCCAAGAGUUCCUCUCACGAAGCAAGCAGCCACCAGGCAAAUCAACUCUGCCCUGAGGAACAACUUGCUCUCUCACCACGUCUUCGUGUUUCACAAAUGUGAGCAGUUUUGUAGGUCAAGGACAAAACUAGACUUUGAAUUUCUGGAAUUCAUCUCAGACAUUGCAAACUUAAGUGGCCCCGACCCAGGGAGUUUAAAAAUAACGAUCGCAUUUACAACGUACGUGAAAUUUAGAAUGUUUUCACCUCACAUUGAGAGCAUUAGAGUUGGCAUGUUGAGCGACUCCCUGGACAUUCAAAGACUGCUCAACCAGUAUGCAACGAACAAACCAAACGCAGCUAAUUAUGUCAGCGUCAUCCAGCACGUGCUGGCCUUCCCAGAAGGGAUCAUAAGAACCGCUGUGGAGUUUCUCAGCUCGAGCUCAGAUCUGCCUUCGGCGAGAUAUUUGGUGCAGAUGAUGACCAAGGACCGAGAUUUCCUGGCCAUGAUCUUGAAGAAAAGAGCUCUGGAAGUAAAAGACUGGUUGAAUGAAAGAGAAUUGAAGUUUGUUCAGAAAUGUCGUCCCAUGCUUUUUCUUACCUAUACUAAAGGUAAGGUAAUGUCUUGA